AGUCACACUAGAGAGACUUGUUAUCGCCUACAUGGACGUCCACCUUAUGCAGCCAGUACUGCUAACAUGGUUGUGGGCAUUUUAGAGGGUCAUGCAUCUAUCACACCCAGUGAUUCCUCACCAGUGACUAUCUUCGAGGGGGAGUAUGCUCAGUUUCUUUAGUUCCAGGUAGCACAACAGGCUACUUCACCUGUCACAUCUUUUGCUGACACUGGUAACCCUACUGCCUGCUUUACUAAGUCUUCAUCUUCUCUUGGCCCAUGGAUCUUCGACUCCGGUGCCACCAAUCACAUGUCUGGUAAUCGUUCUCUCCCAUCUCAUGUUCAAACUUCGCAGUCUCUACCUCCUGUUACAUUGGCUGAUGGCUCUCAAGCCUCAGUCACGGGUAUUGGUACCGCAUUACCUCUUCCUACUUUACCAUUAUCAUCUGUUUUACAUUUACCACAAUGUACCUUUAAUUUGCUCUCUGUCAAUCAACUCACUCGUAGUCUUAAUUGCUCUAUAACUUUCUCGUCUGAUUUUGUUCUUGUGCAGGAUCGGGGGACUGGGCGGACGAUUGGCACGGGGCUUGAGUCUCACGGUCUCUACUAUCUGUCUCUCCCUGCUUCUUCAGCGGCGUGCAUGAUAACAUCUUCCCCACUACAAGUCCAUUGUCGGUUGGGACAGCCAUCUCUUCCCAUCUCAAGAAGAUGGUUCCCAAUCUCUCUAGUAUUUCUUCCUUAAGAGUGCAAGUCUUGUCAAUUUGGGAAACAUGUUCGUAGUUCUUUCCCAAGUAGAGUUACUAAACGUGCUAGUUCUCCUUUUUCAGUAGUCCAUUCAGACGUAUGGGGUCCUAGUCGUGUCAGUUCACAAGACGGUUUUCGUUAUUUUGUAACAUUUAUUGAUGAUUUCUCUCGGAUUACAUGAUUAUAUUUAAUGAAAACGCGUUCAGAGUUAUUUUCAGUCUUCACUACAUUUUGUGCUGAAAUUAGAACACAGUUUAAUUUGCCUAUCCGUGUUCUUCGUAGUGAUAAUGCUCUUGAAUAUUUGUCUCUCCCAUUUAGAUCUUAUAUGGCAUCCAAUGGGAUUCUUCACCAGAUUUCGUGUCCUGGAACCCCACAACAAAAUGGGGUAGCUAAACGCAAGAAUCGUCAUUUAAUUGAGACAGCCCGCACACUUCUUCUUCAUAUGCAUGUUCCUCUUCAAUACUGGAGUGAUGCUGUCUUAACUACAUGUUACUUAAUUAACCGCAUGCCAUCUUCUGUCCUUAAUGACCAGAUUGCUCAUUCUAUUCUUUUUCCUCGGGUUGAUUUAUAUUCUCUUCCCCCUAGUAUCUUUGGGAGCACGUGCUUUGUUCACCAUCUUGUCCCAAGUCGUGAUAAGUUAUCUGCUCGUUCUGUCAAAUGUGUUUUUUUUGGAUUAUUCUCGCUUUCAAAAGGGGUAUCGUUGCUACUCUCCUCAAUUAACUCGAUAUUUUGUUUUAGCGGAUGUUACCUUCUUCGAGUCAUCUUCUUAUUUCCCUUCUUCAUCUGCAAUCUCCGAUUUUGUGUCUGUUGGGUUACCUUUGCUUGUUCCUUCUCUUGACCUCACAUCACCUCCAUCUCCAACGUUUUCACCAUUUCCACCAUCCUUUGCUUCUCGCCUUGACCGCUUUGAUCUUCAGGUCUAUCAACGGCGUCCACAUCUCGUGGCCCAACCAGCACCGACUGUUGUCGCUAGUCCGCAGGAGCCGUCUCCUGACUCAUCCUCGGUGCCAAUUCGUUCUUCCUCCUUUGGUCCGUCGCCUUCGACUUUUGAUCUUGACUUGCCUAUUGCUCUUCGUAAAGGGUGGCGGGCUGCUAUGGUCGAAGAAAUGUCUGCUUUACAUUCCACUGGGACUUAGUACCUCUUCCCAAGGGUAAGUCUACUCUUGGUUGUCGCUGGGUUUACACUGUUAAAGUUAGCCCUGAUGGCCGGAUUGAUCGUCUUAAGGCUCGCCUUGUUGCUAGAGGAUACACUCAGGUUUUUGGUCUUGAUUAUGGCGAUACAUUCUCUUGUUGCUAAG